CCCUCCCGCACGCCGCCGCGGCCGCAGCAGCAGCCGCGGUCGCCGCGGCCGAAGCCGGGUCGCCGUGGUCGUCGAGCCCCGUCGGGAUGACGGGCAGCCCGCAGCAGCAGGACGUCAAGUCCUCCGGCAGAGACGAUCUGCACACGGGCACCGCGCUGCACCACCGGCCGCCUCACUUAGCCCCCCACCAGACUCACGCCGGGGCGUGGGGCAGCACGACCGCGGCGCACAUUAACUCCAUUUCCGGGGGGCAGCAGCAGCAGCAGUCGCUCAUCUACUCCCAGCCGGGGGGCUUCACUGUGAACGGGAUGCUGAGUCCCGGCAGCCAGAGCCUGGUGCACCCGGGGCUGGUGAGGGGAGACACCCCGGACCUGGACCCACGGCAGCCACACCACCACCACCACCACCAGCACCCGCACCACCAGCACCACGGCAGCGUCAACAGCCACGACCCGCACUCGGACGACGACACGCCGACCUCGGACGACCUGGAGCAGUUCGCCAAGCAGUUCAAGCAGCGGCGGAUCAAGCUGGGCUUCACGCAGGCGGACGUGGGCCUGGCCCUGGGCACCCUGUACGGGAACGUUUUCUCUCAGACCACCAUCUGCAGGUUCGAGGCUCUGCAGCUCAGCUUCAAAAACAUGUGCAAGCUCAAGCCUUUGUUGAACAAGUGGCUGGAGGAGGCCGACUCGUCCACCGGCAGCCCCACCAGCAUCGACAAGAUCGCGGCGCAGGGACGGAAGCGAAAGAAGCGCACGUCCAUCGAGGUGAGCGUCAAGGGGGCUUUGGAGAGCCACUUCCUCAAAUGCCCCAAGCCCUCCGCGCAGGAGAUCAGCACGCUGGCGGACAACUUGCAGCUGGAGAAAGAGGUGGUUAGAGUGUGGUUUUGCAAUAGGAGACAGAAGGAAAAACGGAUGACGCCCCCAGGAGUGGCUCAGACGCCGGAGGAUGUGUACUCUCAGGUCGGCAAUGGGCAUUUUUUAGUAGAUUACUUAAAAGAUGCAAGUGCAAGCGAGCGACCAGAGGGUGACAACCACAAGUUUCAUUCACCAGGGUAAUUUUUGGCGCAUUGAGGAAGUGUUUGUUUUUAUUCUUUUUUAUCCAUAACAGACCCCCUCCUCCUCCUCCUUCUCCUCCUUUUUUCUUCUUCUUCAUUAUCCUGUGUUUGAUUGAGGAAACAAAGGAGCAGGCAUUUUGUAUAUUAGAAAUGGGACUCAAACGCCCUCGCCACCACCUCCACCCUCCACCCUCCUGCAACAAUAACAGAAAGGGGGGAAAACUGCAUCAAAAUGAAGAAGAGUGACAUCCACGACGCUUCCGUUUUUUUCUUUCACUGCCAUUUUUUCCUCGUUUUUUUUUUUUCGAGUUGGACUGUACCUUUUCCGAGGAUUAGGGAUUUUUUUUCUUCCUCCUUCAGGCCCCUCACGAGAAAGAAAAGACACGAAGGAGCAGGACUGCCUGAUCUCAAAGAUCACCUCCUUUAAUUCCCUCACUAUUCUCCUCCACCUUUUUUAUUAUUAUUAUUCUAAUUAUUAUUAUUUAAAGGACUUUGACGCCGUGAGUGGAUUUUCCCUUUAUUUCCCCUCCUCUCCACGAGACAUUUGAAAAGACUUGAGCUGCACUUAUUUGAGAAAAAA